AUGGCGAAGGACGAGAUACUCGUCCUUGUGCUCUUCUUGACCUAUCUCUACGCGUCCGGUCUGGCUCUCCUCAACAUCGUAGCGGAAGCACCAUGUACUUCGUUCUUUGCGCCUGUGGGCAUCAAUCGGCUUCUUGCAAACAGAGAUCCUCACGAAGAGAUCGAAGAGCCCGAGGAUUCGGACAAUCCUGCGACUGCCAAGGCCGACGGAAAGUUGGUCGUGAAGGAAGAAGUCGCGGAAGGUCACGUCUCCCUGCACGCUCUCAACCUCUCCCGGGCGGGUCUUGAGGGCAAGCACCCUGUACUAUCUUGGCUCUCUUUCUUCAAUUUCAUCUUCGGAUGUCAUAACCUUGUGAGCUUACAAUCAUACUGGGUAGGUCGCUGGGCAGAUGCGUAUUCACUUCCGGGAGAUGUGGAUGUCAUCUACGCCACCUACGUAUUUGGGAUUCUCCGAGCAGCCAAGAAGAUCUACGCCCUUCUCACCGACUCUAUCCUUGGCACAACGCUGCGAUGGCUAGACCAGAAGCCAGUGUCUAGGGUGAUCACCCGCUUUACGAAGGACAUCAGAGCGACUGCUGGACAGCUUGCGGGAGAAUCCCGGUGGUUCAUGAGCGUCACCGCGCAACUGAUCAGCCAGCUUGUUGCUAUUGCGCUCAUCGCUCCCGCCGUAGUCUUCCCUGGCAUCGCGGUCUUUUGCGUCGGGGCUUGGUUUGGUAAUAUCGACACGAAAGUGCAAUUACCGGUGAAGCGAGAGAUGAGCAAUAAGAAGGCACCUGUACUCGGCCACUUUGGCGCUGCCAUGGCCAGUUUGACAUCUAUUCGAGCAUACAGUGUGGAAGCUGCAUUCCGCAAGGAGUCGUAUAAGCGCAUCAAGAACUAUACGCGUUCGGAUAAGAUGUACUACGGCUUCAAGCGUUGGAUCAGUACGCGCAGUGACGCGCUCGCCGCCCUUUUCCCGUCUGGUCUCGGGGUCUACAUGGUCUAUAGGCCAGGCGCCGCAGUCAUCGGCGCAUCCAAUGUCGAGUUCUCGCUUGCCAUGGCCGCCGCCUUUAGCAACAUGAUCCUUGUAGCGGUGAAUUGCGUGUCGAAGGACUCUCCGCGCGUUACUCCCCGGAAGGUCCCAAAGCCCUCCACGACAUAUCGUUCACCGCCACUCGGCAUCGUCGGCCGCACCGGCAGUGGAAAGAGCUCGCUCGCACUUUCGCUCUUGCGCUGUAUCUAUAGCGAAAGAGACGUCUACCACGACGGGGUCAACACGGCAGACCUCAACCUCGACGUACUGCGGACCAACGUCACCAUCAUCCCUCAAGUACCCGAGCUGUUGAGCGGAACGCUGCGCGAGAAUCUUGAUCCGUUCAGCGAGCACCUCAACUCGGCGUUGCGUGCAUCGGGUCUGUUCUCACUGCAAAGCGAGACGGGCGACGUUCGCGCCGCAUUACGCUUGACCCGCAGAUCUGGAGCGGGGGGUGGGAAUUUGAGUGUCGGUCAACGUCAGACCUUGGCUCUUGCCCGUGCACUCACGGCCUUUGAUGUUGGCCGAAUUGUCGAAUAUGACAGCCCCAAGGUCCUCCUGAAGAAAGAUGGCGGUUUCCUGAAGUCGCUUGUGGACGAGGUUGAAGACAAGGAUGCGUUGUACGCGAUGGCGGGUGAGGUCGUCGAUGCCAUUUAG